AUGAACAUAUAUGAUUUACCUGAUGAAAUUUUACUUAUUAUUCUUCAAAAAUUGGAUAUGAUUGAUGUAUUUUAUUCAUGUAUUAAGGUUAAUCGACGAUUUAAUCGAUUAAUACUUGAUUCUUUUUUUUUUCGUGAUCUUAAUAUGACUACUAUUAAUGAUAUCAAUUCAUUAUACGAUCAGACAUCUUCAAUAGAUUCAAAAGUUCUUUCAAGAAUUUGUGAAAAAAUAUUACCUCGAAUUUAUGAUCAAACAUAUAGACUUACUGUCGACGAAUAUUCAGCUAAAUACAUGUUUCUUGCUUCGAAUUAUUCCAAAUUAUAUUCAUUAUCACUUAUCAAUUUUCAGAAAGAAAUACUUCAUCAAUAUUUAACAGAUAAUUUAAUUCUACGUGAUCUUCUAACAAAUCAAAUAACACAUCUUAAUAUUGAUAUCAAAAACACAAACGACGUUGGAUUCAACACUAGUCCAGAAAUUUUGCCAAAAAUCUUGUCUUUGUGUAAAAAUUUAAUUGAUUUGAAUUUUUGCGGUAUGUUUCCAGAACGAAAUUUUGUGGUUUAUCUAAAAGAUUUGUCGUGGAAUCAUUGCAUACCUUCAACUUUGGUUAAAUUAACAAUUAAACUUGCAGCUUUAACUGAUUGUCUCCAUUUGCUUGAUGGACCUUUUGUUUGUUUAUCAACAUUAAUUAUUGCUGUAAAAUAUUCUUUUCAUACGACAGAAUACAAGAAUUCAACAAAAAAACUUCCAAAAUUGAAAUAUUUUUCGUUAACUGCAUUGAGUUUUGUAAACCAUUAUGAUGAUUUAAUUGUUCCAUUACUUCGUCGAAUGAUAAAUCUUGAAGAACUAAAAUUAUAUUUAUUAGUAAAUAGAUCUUAUUCGAAUUAUAUUGAUGGAAUUCAAUUAUACGAUCAAUUUCUUAUUUCUAUGACACAAUUAAAGAAUUUUGCAUUUAAUAUUACAUCGGAGAUCCAUGAUAAGGAUAUUAAAAUUGAACUUCAAUCAAAUGAAGAAAUUCAGCAUAGUUUCAUUGGAAGAGGAUAUUCACAAGUAGUUUCAUAUAUUAAUUCAAAUCCAUUUGCACUCGAUGGUGUAUGUUAUAUCUAUUCACUUCCAUAUGAUUUUGAAUAUUUUAAAAUCGACAAUACAUUUCAAGGUGGUACAUUUUACAAAGUUCGUAAAUUAACAAUGGUCGAGAGAACUCCUUUUGAAGAUAGACUAUUUCAAAUUAUCUCUCAAGAUUUUCCUUUUCUCGAAAUCUUACAUGUUUCUAAUUCGUGGUCAAAAGAAGUUAAUCAACCGUGGUUAACAUUAAUCACAUUUCCACAUCUUAAAUUUCUUAAUGUUAAAUAUGCGCAUGGUAAUUAUACUUUACGAUUUCUUUUGAAAAGAUAUAUGAAUUUACCUCGUUUAUCAAAUCUUGUCAUAGACUAUAGUAUGCUUAUGUUAAUAACAAAAAAUUUUACUUAUGAUCCAACAUAUUUUAAUUUUGAUAAAUUAAAAUGUCUUGAUAUGGAUCAAUUAUUUGUUCGUCCAAAAAACUUUCAUCUAUAUUUUCCUUUGUUAUAA